AUGCCACGCAAUACUGCUCCAGCAAAUGUGUCUUCGCCAAAGGAUCUGGUUCAAUACCGCGUGGUGGAUGCUUCUCCAGUGGACUCAAAUAGUCCGCCUGGCUAUGUGGAGCGCUACAUCCAUAGCGAGAUAUACAAGCGUUUUCCAGAGGUCAACGGAGUGAUUCACAGUCACGCUCCAGAGAUAAUUCCCUACACAAUCACAUCGUCACUCUUACGGCCCUGUAUCCACAUGGCCGGGUUCAUAGGCCGGGACGUACCUGUCUUUGAUAUUUCCAAGCACUACGCGUUGGACGAUGUUCGGGAUCUACUAAUUCGGAAUGCCAGACUUGGGGGCGAGCUCGCAGAGUAUUUAUCAAAACCUGGUUCUGCAUCGACAUCUGCGUCUAGUACCGCACCCGAUCAUUCGAUCGUGCUAAUGCGUGGUCAUGGUUAUACAGUUGCCGGGUCUAGUCCCGAAGACGCAAUAUACAGGGCCGUAUAUGCCAGGGAGAACGCUGCGAUCCAGACAACAAGUUUAGGGCUCGCACAUUUUAGUGGCGGCAAAGACACGGAAGUUCAGUAUCUGAGAGACGAUGAGCUGGAAGAUACAGGGGCAAUGGUUCAGACCGCUUGGAGCAGAGCUUGGGGUUUGUGGCGUCGAGAAGUGGAAGCGACCGAGUUGUACAAAUGUGACGAAGAAUAA